CACGCAGUCUGCCGCCAUAUCUCGCGAAGGUCGCUAUAGAAAGUUGAUGGACCGAUGGUUGUUUCACCUGGCGGCAGGGCAGGUAGGUAGUUGGACACCUGCUGUGGCGGUUUGGUUCCCGGGUGUGUCUGAACGUGUCAGUGUUGCGCUAUUGCGCCCUGCAGGAUUCGAUGCAAGCCCCCACAUAGGUUGUGUGUGAAGGAAGGACAAUAGGCAGGGCUGGCACGCCGGCGAUUGAUCGGCAAGACUAUCUGUAAUGCUGUUUGCAAUCUGUAGGGCUUUGCCCCUUUUAUCCUGCAAGAAGGCGGUCCCAGGGUACACUCAAUCCUUUUUGUCUCUGUGGAUGCCAAGCAGCAAGUUGCAUAUCUUUAUGAGCGAUACAUCUGUAUGGCAGUCUGCGUUUCUCAAAUAGAGGGUUGGCGAGAACAUUGUAACGGGGAAAGCUGUACUGGCCAGAGGCUCCGAUUGGCAUAGGCUGUCUUUGAAAUCCUCAAACCUGGGAUGAUGAAAUCUGAUAAGUACAUGUAAUCAAGGGCCUCUCUGGCAGUGCUUUCAACAGUCGAGAAGGGACAAUGGAGGGGCCGAUGGAUGGAGAUAGCAUGCAGUGUGGGACUGGUGUCAGUGCUUUUAGAGACUGGAAGAGGAGCUCCAAGACCCAGGCCAGGGCCGAUACUAGCAAUAUCACCCGGCUCCUAGCUUUUCGUGAAGUCAGUCCUUCAUUGCGGCGGCCCAAGAAGCGUCUUUGGGGUGCUGACACGGCGGGCGUCGAAGGAGCCGCUGGAGAUGCCCGUCCCGCAAAUGUGAAGCAGGCACUGGGCGAAUGGGUGGAGGCCGACUCUUUGAGGCAUUGCAGCGCCAAGUACACAAGUCUGCAUCCAGCCCCUCGCUCCACUAUAGCGGCAGCUUUCAGCUUGGAUGGAGAGACCCUGGCAUCAACACAUGGGGACCACACAGUGAAAAUCAUCAAUUGUCAAACUGGCAAGUGCGUCAAAGUGUUCAGCGGACACAGACGCACGCCUUGGGUGGUGCGCUUUCACCCCUUCCAGCCAGAAAUGCUGGUCAGCGGCAGCCUGGACCAUCUGGUCAGGCUUUGGAAUACACGAACUGGUGUCUGUCAUAUCUCUCAUGACUUCUUGCGGCCCAUUGCCUCCCUUGCUUUCCAUGCCUCGGGCGACCUUCUGGCCGUAGCUUCGGGCCACAAGCUGUACAUGUGGCAGUACAACACGGAGGGCGAGGCUGCCUCCCCCGCCAUCGUCUUGCGUACCCGGCGCUCCCUGCGGGCCGUCCACUUCCACCCCCAUGGGGCACCCUUGCUCCUCACUGCUGAAGUCAAUGAUCUUGACUCUAACGACUGCCCCCCCGCCACUGCCACUGCCCGCAGCUACAACAACCCCCCCCCUACCACCAUGGCAUACACGCCCGCCACUCUGUCUGCAAUGGCAGCUGGCGCCCCUUCCCGCCCCCCUGUUUUCACCCCUCAUGCUGGACCCAAUGUCUUCUCAAACCCCGCUGCGAACCCUGGCCAAAUAGGGCAGAACCCUGCGUGGCCCCCGACUGGCAGUAACGUGCCGCUCCCAGCACCUGCUGGUCCGGUACCUGGCAUGCCUUGGAACGAUUUUUGGAGCUUUGAGAGUCAACAGCAAAAUCGGCAGGGGCAACAGCAAGGAGUUGGCGCAGGUUUCGGUUUCGGCAACCCGGCAAAUCCCCUCCCCUUUGGCUUCAGAAGCCCUUCCCCCGGCCUGUUUGGUAACCUGCAUUCCCACCAUCCAGCCCAGUCCCAUGAGCAGCCGCAAAGAGGGGGGCCGGCGGGACCGUCGGGCGCAGCUGGCUUCCUGCCAAGGCCCUGGGCAGCCACGAGUGGGCAGAGGGCUGUGAAUAGCCCGCCCCUGGAGCGGAGUGGGGAGAGACCGUCAAGCCGGAUGAGCGAAGCAGAAGGGCCCGCGCAGAUGGACGUGUCUCCCCGACCAGCAGAGGGUGACCGGUGGUUGCAGCGACCGGAGGCUGCGGUGGCGCCCCUCAGCACGGGCGGCGUUGCGCGUGCGCUGUCCUUCUCAGGGGCUGCCUCUGCUUCGCAAAGCACCGUACUCGCGCGGACUGACAGUGGGGGCCUGGAGCGCAACCCUUCUGACACCACCGAGAGCAUGGCCAUCGAUCUGGCCAGUGUUGUGUCCCCACCUCCCCCGCUGAGCUAUCUCAAUGUUGCCCCGAGUUCUACCACCCGUGUUGGCCCUGCGCAGACCCACCCGGCCGGCUCGCAUCCCGAGGCCAACGUGGCCCUGGGAUACCCCUUCACGCAGCAGCUGCCCGCACUGGGCAUCCCCCCCCUGCAGCAGAUGGACCUCCCGUUCUGGGGCGGCUGGGCGCGCCUGGGCCAGGAGCCAGCAGCCGGCCUGCGGGGCCAGGCGCCGGCGCUGCCCGCAGCAGGGCCCAACCACAUACAGCACGUGGCGCAGGGCGGGCAGCAGGCCCUGUCCGUGGCGUCAGUCGCCAUGGCAGCGGCAAUGGCGGCUGCACGGGCUGCGGCACAGGCAGGGGCCGGCAUGAUGGGGGCCGCAGCAGCCGGGAUGGGCCAUGCAAGCGGGAUGGCGGGGGGGCACCUGAACCAGCUGCCAAGACCAUUCCAGGACAUGGGCCCUGCCGCCGAAGCCGCUGCGAGCGCCGCGCUGGCUGCUGCGGCCGCUGCGGAGCUGCCGUGUACAGUGAAGCUGCGGGUGUGGCCCCACGACAUCAACAGGCCGACAGCGCUGCUCGACCCGGAAAAGUGCCGCUUGACCAUUCCACACGCAGUGUUAUGCAGUGAGAUGGGCGCCCACUUCUCUCCUUGCGGCCGCUUCCUGGCUGCGUGCGUGGCCUGCCGCUCGCCCCCCGACCAGGAGGACGCCUUCACGCAGACCCUGCGCGCGCUCAAUGGGGGCGCUCUGCACUCGUUUGGCGGCCAUCCGGCGCAGUUCCCCAGCCCGCCCCCCCUGCAGCCGGACUCCCCGCCGCAGCCGCUGCAGGCCAACUCGGUGGUGUACGAGCUGCGGCUCUACAGCCUGGAGGAGGGCACCUUCGGGGAGGUGCUCGCGUCCAGGACCGUCCGCGCAGCGCACUGCCUCACCUCCAUACAGUUCUCGCCGACGUCGCAGCACAUUUUGCUGGCGUACGGGCGGCGGCACAACACGCUGCUGCGCAGCCUGGUGACGGACGGCGCGGGCAUCAUCCCGGUGUACACCAUCCUAGAGGUGUACCGCGUCGCGGACAUGGGCCUCGUGCGCGUGCUGCCCAGCGCCGAGGACGAGAUCAACGUCGCAGCAUUCCACCCGCAAGUGGGGGGGGGGCUCGUCUACGGGACCAAGGAGGGGAAGUUACGGACAGUCACGCAUGAUCGGCGACCAAGACAAAGCAGUGCAAGGCGACAGCUAGAAGACGAGCUUCUCGAGGCCGAAUCCAACGAUGGCCCCUACAACCUAAGGAAUUUCCACAACACUGAGGCAGGUCACAUUCGACAGAUGGAGGCGCGGUGACAUGGCUCACUCAUCGAAGCUAGGGUGGUACAAGCGGCUGGCUCGCAUGGGGCGCCAGGUAGUGUUGGUGGGUGUAGGCUCGUUCAGGUUGCAGGCACCAGGUAGGAUUCGGACGGGUUAGAAGAACAGGUCCAAUUGAUAGGUUAGCACAUAGGACACAAACGGCGGCUAAGCAUACUGCUACACAUGAUUGAGACUCGUUUAAUCGAUCAUUGAAGAUCAUUUCAAAGGAUCGAGUCACUGUCUAUCUCGCAUCCCUUUUCAGUGUAAACGUACGGUUUUGGUUAAUCGCAUCAGCUAAGGACAUCUACCGAUCAAUUGGAACGUCAAUGCAGAAAUCCGAGAGUACUCUUGAUGUGCAUGAAGCCGCCGGCUCCUGGUAUAGAAGAUGCAAUAUUUGAAGUAACGCCUCAACGGAUAGAGACCUUUGGCUGUUUUGGCGGUCCGUUCGACCGGCUCCUCCAUAUGUGCGCCCAGCGCGCAGCAGCUCUGAGAGUUGCUGAUGAGAGUCAGGUUGGAGACGAG